CAUACAAAUAUUUACACAUGUUAAGUUAAGUUGUCUGAAAAUAAACGCAGUUGACAGUGAGAGGACGUUUCUGUUACAUUACACACAUCACCCAACCCCUCACCGUAGAGUCCAUUCAUCAGGAGAACAUCCCCUUCUUCAUCACCAGGGCACCAGUUCACAAGAUGUUCCUCGGCCUCCCUUGGCUUCAACGCCAUAAUCCCACCAUGUCAUGGUGGAGGAUGAAAAUCACAGACUGGCCAACUGAAUGCCAGAGGACCUGCUUCCUCAUCCCCUGUUGUUCUACGUCGGUUGAGAGUCCUGUGGUUGCCCUUCAACCCAACAACCCAGAGAUAUACCAGGACCUGCAGGAGGAAUUAUCCAAGACCCGCGCCACCUGACCCAGGCCAUGGAGGAUUACAUCCAAGAGGCGCUCCAACAAGGUUUCAUCCGCACGUCCUCUUCUCCUGCGUCGGCUGGUUUAAUUUUCGUGACCAAGACGGAUGGAGGGCUACGUCCAUGUAUUGAUUACAGAGGACUCAAUGAAAUCACCAGGAAGUACCGUUACCCUCUCCCUUUGUUGCCGGCAGUUAUCGAACAGCUCCACGGGGCCCAGCUCUUUACCAAACUGGACCUGCGGAGUGCACACAAUCACAUCCGCAAUUCAGCCCGCAGGGAGUGGAGGAUGGAUGACAAGAAGGUAGAUGCAGUCAGGUCAUGGUCAGUCCCAACCACCAUAAUGGGGUUACAACGGUUUUUGGGGUUUGCCAACUUCUACCGCCAUUUAAUCAGGAACUUCAGCUCCGUCUCCGCCCCUCUCACCUCUCUCUUCAAGGUUGGUCCCUGUAGGUUGGUGUGGAGCCCAGCAGCUGAUGAGGCCUUCCGUCUACUGAAGGGACGUUUCACCUCCGCCCCAUUGCUCAGAUAUCCUUUGUGGGGGAGGUGGAUGCUUCAGAGGUGGGCGUGGGGGCCAGUUCUGUCUCAAUGACAGGACAAUCCACAGAAAUUGUAUUUGUGUGCAUAUUACUCUAAGAAACUGUCACCUGCAGAGAAGAUUUACGACGUCGGUAAUCGAGAGCUCCUGGCGGCGAAGUUGGCAUUAGAGGAGUGGAGACGCUGGCUGGAGGGCACCAAGGAACCAUUCGUCAUCCGCACCGACCAUCAGAACCUGGAGUACAUGUGGACAGAGAGGAGGCUGAAUCCGCACCAAGCAAGGGCCAGACGUUGGGUGGUAGACCUACGGCAGGAUGAGUGGGAUCCUGAAGAGGAAGUUUGAGGAGGUGGAGGUGGACAGCCCCUGCCUCUCUCUCCGGGGGUCCGAUGACGAGGUCUCUGCCGGCAGCGACAGCGGGAACAGCAGCGACAGCGUCAACCCUGGCCCCUCCACCCCCGUCGCCCCCUCUUCUAUCUUGAGGUGUGAGAAGCGCCUGCUGGUGCGCAAUGUGCACUUUGAGAGCGUGACGGUGUACUACUUCAGCCGGCGCCAGGGCUUCACCAGCGUGCCCACGCAGGGUGGCAGCACCCUAGGCAUGUCCACACGCCACAGCUGGGUGCAGCACUACACCCUGGGGGAGUUCGCUGUGGAGCAGGAGAGAAGCCACAGAGACAUGCUGCGAGACCACCUCAAAGAGGAGAAACUCAACUCCAUCAAACUCAAGCUGACCAAUAAUGGCACUGUGGAGUCGGACGAGGCCGAGUCUCUGACCCUGGACAACAUCUCAGAGGACGACAUAGACCUGGACAACACAGAGGUGGACGAGUACUUCUUCCUGCAGCCGAUGACCACCAGGCGGCGCCGCGCUCUCCUCCGGGCGUCCGGGGUGCGACGCAUCGACGUGGAGGAGAAGCACGAGCUGCGGGCCAUCCGGGUGUCCCGGGAGGAGUGCGGCUGUGACUGCAGGGGGCUAUGCAACCCCGCGACUUGCGCUUGCAGCCUGGCCGGCAUCAAGUGCCAGGUAAAUGGAGCUGUGGUAGAUCGCAUGUCAUUCCCGUGCGGCUGCAGCAAGGAGGGCUGCAGUAACAGCACAGGCCGCGUCGAGUUCAACCCCAUCCGUGUUCGCACCCACUUCCUGCACACCAUCAUGAAGCUGGAGCUGGAAAAGAGCCACGAGCAACAACAACCGCAGGUCACCAAUGGUUACCACGGAGAACUAACAGUCAACGUCCCUGUCCAGCGUGCUCUGCAGUACCCCCUGAUGUCUGACAACAUCCCAGUCCCGCAGGCUCCCAUCAUGCACCUGCCGAGUGCCAGCGACGCUGAGCAGCAUCUAGAAGAGGAAGCGGACGAAGAUGAGGAAGAUGAUGAGGAGGAGGAUGAGGACGAUGGUAGUAGUUUAUGUAGUGGCCUCUCGGACUGCAGCACCGACAGCCUGCACACUAGUGACUCUGAGGAGGAAGAGGAGGAGGAAGAUGACUGUGGGUCUAUGGAGGAGGGGGUGAGUGGACCCCCAGUCUCUCACACAGAGGUGGUUCCUCUCUCCUCUGUGUUGGGUUACACUGAUGGCACACACACCAACACCAACCGCGCUAACCCCAACUCAUACUACCACAACCCUUCAUCAGGGUACUACCAGAUGGACAACUCAGCCAACCUGAACCCCACACCAAAAACCCCUAGUGAAGCUCCCUCACUCCGCCUCUCACUCCCCAACAGGGAGGAGGCCACCGAUGGCCCCACGGUCGUGUCACAGGAACAGCCUAAAACCACCACCGAGCCGCACACAGACCACCUCAGCCAGAUAGAGGGACUGUAUAUGCAUUUUCCCCACACUGACAAAGCACCAGCAGCCAACGCCUGUUCCUCAGCCCCGCAGCAGAGCAACACUCCCCACAGUGGGGAGACUAGUACACUACACCAUGAGCAGUCCUUUCAGACGCAGGUCAGCGUUUUUCAUCAUGAAUCGUGUUCUAGAGGCAGCUCUGCGGAGUGGUCACUAGCUGGCACAGCCACAAAGUCAUAAAAUCAGAUUUUAAACCUAACCUUAACCCUAAACUUAACCACACUGCUAACCCUAAUGCUUAACCCUAACCUUAAGACCAAAAGCACAUUUUUGAAUUUUUACAAUAGAGCCAAUUUUGACUCAGUAGCUGGCCUAUCUAAGGGGAAAUCGCUCAGUUCUGCCUCCAGGACAAGACUCAUGACAAUAAUUGUCAAUCAGCCUUUCAGACAGACAUGGACGGUAAUGAUGUUACACUGUCACUGAAGAAUAGCACAAGGUCUGAGGUAUCUGUGGGGACUGAGGAGCAGCAGAGCCAAGGGACUUUCAACGGGCUGGCUGAGGCGUCCUCUCUCCUACCUGAGAAUAAAAGGGAUCCACCAAUUCUAGAGACUAACACUAGUCACUAGCAGUGUCAGGUAGACUUGUGGCAAGUUCAAUGAAACUGGUUAGUGUGAUAAGUCAAAUAAGCAUUCCUUUGCAGCAAGUAUGCACAUUUGGAUUAAUGUGCUGACCAACUUAAAGGGUUAAAGGGAUACUUCAGGAUGUUGACAGUGAAGCCCUUUAUCGCCUUCUCCAGAUCCAGAUGAACUUGUGGAUACCAUUUUUAUGUCUCUGCAUGUAGUUUGAAAGAAGAUGCUAACUAGCGUUAGCGCAAUUGCUAACUAGAGUUAGCGCAAUGACUGGAAGUCUAUGGAAACCAGAUGCUAGCUGUGACCAUAGACUACCAGUCAUUGCACUAACACUAGUUAGUGUUGGCUUGCAAAACUACCUCUAACUUCCUUCGUACUGGAGGAAGGAUGCAGGGACAUAAAAAUGGUAUCCAUGAGUUCAUCGGACUGGGACUGGGGAAGUAGAUAAUGGGCUUCAUUGCCAAAAUCCUGAAGUAUCCCUUUACUAGAGAAACUACAUGAUGUCAGUAUCAAUUCAUUUUCUGUACAGGAAUAAUGCUGUUUUUGACCUAUCCUAGAAACUGGGUCGCCAGUUUGAUUUGAAUAGAACCUGAAGGACAGUGUUUGUUGUUUUUAACUCCUGAUGAAUGUACCUUUUUAAAGUGAACGAUUAGGUUUCAAAGGCAAGCUGUGGGGUUUUGCCUCAGAAGGAUCUUUGCACAUUAUUGCACACACAGUUUCCAUGUCCUGGAUCUGAACGUCUAACAGCUAUUGGACAAUGACUGUGAAAUAGUUAGAAUUAAACAAAAUGAUUCCUUAUUUCAACAAUAUAACCAUGUUGAAUGGGGAAAUGAAAAGAUAAUCUAAUUUGAGUUAAAUGAAUGAACUAAGAUAGCCAGUAGGGCUCGGACGAUAUCAGUAACGCGAUACUUGUUGGUAGCAUGGCAAUGAAACAAAACACGAAGCGGAUUUAACUUCUUUAGGAAAACAGCCCUAAUGUUGGAAAUAAACAUUGCUGUCAUCCAGAGUCGCAUGUCUUUAUUUUCCAUGUUAUAGCUCACAAUAUUUAUAUAUAGCAGGUUUUUAAAAGACCGAAGAGUUUUGUCUGCUUCGUGUUUACAUUUUUGCCAUGGAAAAAAUAUUGCAGUACUGGUAUAGUCACAGCCUUAGUGGAUUGAGCUUUUAUAUGGAGUCAACUGGAAAAUGUAUAUAGCUGCAGUUUAUUUAUGGCUAUACAAAGUUUAUGUAAUAUUAUGUGCGUUUUGAUAAUGAGAGCAUGCAGUGGAUUUUGAGGUACUUCAAUUAUUAAGCGUCGGUCUCGUGCUGAUCUGUGUUGUCUCAUAGAUGUUGAAUACUUCGCAUGUAUUUUGUUGAAAGGAAAAAACCCUGUUUAAAAAUGAAAGUCGUUUUUUUUAAAUAUGCAGUGAGAAUGUCAAAAGGAAACAAAGAACAUUUAUACUUUACAUUAGAUUGGACAAUCCUCCAAGAUACUGUAGUUGGAGCCACAGACUUAUAAUUGUCUCUAGUCUUACCACUACAUUUAGGUCCAUCUUCAAUUGGACCAUGAAACUUGGAAAAUGUACGUCAUUUGAAAUCGUUUUAAACGUCUUGCUCAAUUUCAUGAGACAAGCUAUAUUUUCAGUGCUGCUAUUAUGAUUUGAUAUCAAGUUUUAUUGUCACAUUCACAGGAUACAGCAGGUGUAAAACAGUACAGAGAGAACCUUAACUUGCGAUCUCUUUCCCAAAAAUGCGCAAUAACGGUAGUAAUACAGAUAAGGAGUAAAACACGGGAAAUGCGACAGAAGAAAAACAGAAGAAUAGAGUUAUAUAACGUUCUUAUAUACAGGUCAGUACAGUGCCAGUACUGUUAUUACAAUGUGCAGGGGUACUGGAGUGAUUGAGGAAGGAAUGGACCUACUCAAUCAAAACAUGUUCUUUGUCUACACUCUCUUUUCUCUAUGUAUCCAGUCUCUUCAUCUAGCCCCUUUGUGGUUCUCCUCUUUCUCUUGCUCUCAUGACCUCUCUCUCCUCUCACCCAUCCUGUGACAUCAUAUCACGUCAGCCAAUGAGGUGGUAUGUAGCGUAAGGGUGCCAAAGCGUUCAUGUUCAGGUGAUUUAUAGUGAAGUAAGCUACAUCUGUACCAGUCUCUGCUAUUCUGCUGUAGAUAUGAUUUGGUAGUCUAUAUUGUGGUCAAUGUGAAAAUGGGUAUUUAUUGUGGUUUAUUCUCGCAGCAGUCUGUUGUGUCAUGAAGGCCUUGAAGUGCACAGAGCUCAUGUUGUUUUUGGUAUUGUCCCAAAUGGCACCUUAUUCCCUUUAUAGUGCACUUCUUUUGAACAAGGAAGUAGUACCAUUAUAGGGUAUUUGGGACAUAGACUUCCUGUUCUGUUUAGUUUUGUCCCAGAAUGUCUCUUUGUUUAUCAAGACUGCCUAGAACUGGGGGCCAAAAAUAGAUUUUCUCUGUUUGUCUCUUCUUUUUUGCACCACCAUUUGUUCCUUUUUCCACAAACAUCAGACUUUGAGAAUAAAUAACCAAUGGAA